AUGGAGACGCCGCAUACGCAGCAUCUCAGUGCGGCAGACUUUGAGCACGUCUAUGAGCCCGCUGAGGAUUCGUUUCUGCUCUUGGAUGCCUUGGAGGCAGAUCUCCCAUUUCUCGACUCGUUGCAGCCGCGUCUCUGCGUGGAGCUGGGCUCCGGCAGCGGCGUCAUAAUCACAGCGCUGGCCAAGCGUCUGGCGCACUCUUCAAUCUGCCUGGCCACCGACAUCAAUCCACAUGCCUGCGAUGCCACCAAACGUACAGCUUUCCACAAUGGUGCACGCUUGGAUAGCGUGCGUUGCAAUCUGGCGGAUGCACUGCGUCCUCGCUCAGUGGACGUGCUGCUCUUUAAUCCGCCCUAUGUGGUGACCAGCGAUGAGGAGCAGCAGCAAAGCAGUGAAAUGUUGGUAGACAAUCCGCUGGUCUACUCCUGGGCAGGUGGAAAAGAUGGACGACGUGUCACCGACAUUUUGCUGCAGCAACUGGAUGACAUUCUUUCGCCUCGGGGUGUGCUUUAUCUGCUGCUGCUGCGCGAGAAUAAACCGGACGAAAUCAUCGAGCUAUUAGUCAAGUUAGGGUUUAAGGCUGUCAAGUGCAUGGAACGACGCAUUCCAGGCGAAUAUCUGUAUAUACUUAAAGUAACUAGAUCUAAUAAUUGACCCGAUUUGCUUUUACAAUAAAGUGCAAACUCUCGCUCUCUCCU